UCAAAAACUGACUAGCGAACACCUCCCGCAUUUACAACGUGGAACUCUCCAAGAAUGGCACGGAACAGCAAAAGAAAUCCCAAUUUUUCAGCUUCUGAAUUAUCUAUUUUAACAGAAGAAGUUGAAAAAAGGAAACAACUGCAAUUUGCCAAGCAAAGUACAACAGUGUGCAACAGUAUGAAGAGAAAGGCCUGGGAAGAUAUUGCAGAACAAGUAAAUGCAGUUGAUUGUUCUAACGUCAUGCGUUCUGGGGAGGAUGUUAAAAAGAAUUGGACUUGCAGGUCGAGCGAAAGCAAGAAGAAGCUGGCGCUUAAUAAGGAGAACAAAGAAAAAUUGGUGGGGGGGGGGUGGUCUCUACCAUCCAUUGUUUCCUUAACCCCAAUGGACGAGAGAUUUGAACGAAUCAUUGGUCCGACAGCAAUUACAGGCGUGGAGGGGGGAUAG